AAAAACAAACGUUUGAAGAAGUGAAGAUUGUCUUUAUAAACGUCGAUUUAAUUAAAGAAUUAAAUUGCAAACGAUUACGGGUGAUAAAGAUGUUGUUUCCAUUGUUGCUCUUAUUGUUCAUUUGUCAAGAAGGGAAAAAUAUUGAAGUUGAACCAUCGGAAACAAUAAUUUGGGGUCCAGGACUGAAACCGGAUAAAAUAACAAUGCGAGCACGAUAUAUUUUCUUUCAAUUAGUUGACUCGAAUGGAAAAAACGUAACAGAAUCACCAGGGAAAGAUAUAAUAUCUGCCCAUAUACAAGGUCAGACUAGAUUACAUAGUACUUGCUUCAAUUUAAAAUUGAAAGUUAAUGUAAAGCAUGUAUCUGUUUUGUCAAUGGAAUUUAAAGGUCCUGUUUAUGAAGAGGAAUGUUAUUGCCCAAAUACUUUGAUUAACAGUUGGCUAGAAGAUCUACAGUGCUCGAAGAAUUACACACAAAUAUAUCACGAUUUAAUCCCUUUUAAUAAUGUAGAUUUCAAUGAAAUACGAGAAGAUAUUAUAAAAGCAUAUAAUCGACCAGGGAGUGUUAGUCUUUGUCAUUAUGUAGUUAAAUCUAAUAAAAUUUUUAGAAAAUGCUAUGGCAAAUACGUGGACUUUAAAAUAUUCAUGGACUCCAUUUUAUUAUCCAUCACUCGAAAAGUUGUCUUACCAGACAUUGAAUUCUUUGUGAACUUGGGAGAUUGGCCACUUGUACCCAAAACUGGCAAGAACUAUCCUAUCUUCUCUUGGUGUGGUUCCUCUGAUACUAAGGAUAUUGUUAUGCCGACUUAUGACAUUACUGAAUCAUCUUUAGAAGCAAUGGGAAGGGUAAUGUUAGAUUUGUUAUCUGUACAAGGUAACACAGACACACCAUGGAAAAGAAAGGUAGAAAAAGUGUUUUGGCGGGGCCGUGAUUCACGUCUAGAACGACUACAUCUUAUUGAUAUCUCGAGGAAACAUCCUGAGUUGUUUAAUGUUUCAAUUACUAACUUCUUCUUCUUCAAAGAUAAAAUAGAUAAAUAUGGCCCAGGACAGAGCCCUGUAUCAUUUUUUCAUUUCUUCAAGUAUAAAUACCAGCUGAAUAUUGAUGGUACAGUAGCUGCAUACAGAGCCCCAUAUUUGCUCGCUGGAGAUUCUUUAGUACUCAAGCAAAAAUCAGUGUACUAUGAAUUCUUCUACAAUGAUCUUGUUCCUGGAAAACAUUACGUUCCAAUAAAAAGUGACUUAUCAGAUCUCGUUGAAAAAGUUAUGUGGGCUAAAAAACAUGAUGAAGAUGCACUAGAAAUUACUAAGGCUGCCAGGCAGUUUGCGAGAGACAACUUGCUACCCCGCGACGUGUUAUGUUAUCACGUGGUUCUAUUCAAUGAAUGGAGUAAACGCUUAAAGAGUAAAGUUAAGGUACUGGAUAACAUGGAGGAAGUGCUGCAACCUACUCACUCUUGUGAAUGUUACAAUGCAAAAUUAAAAGAGGAGCUCUAG